AUGGCGUCUUCUUCUGCUGGCCCAUCCUCUUCCCGGAGGUCACAGUCAGCAGCAGUCGCGGCUGAAAUCUGGGACGACGACUUUGACUUUGACAUCGAAGGCUCGACACCAGCCCCUCCCAAACCGAAACCGUCUUCGCGCCAUCAACAACAACACUUGUACUCGCAACACGACCAGUCACCAAGCCGGAAAGGCUCGUCGUCAUCGUCAAACUACAACGCGCUUGGUCUCGGUGUAUCACGCUCCGGAUCACGAACAAACGCGUUUCCUAUCCGGUUGGAUUCCAGCGACGAGUCGGAUGAGGACUGGGACCUGCCAGGCUCGAGGAUAAUGGCGGCAACAUACGCCAACACUCCGCGCAAUCGCGGGUCGGUCAUGCUCGCAUCGCCAGCUCAUCUUCAACCGCCGAGGUCGCCCCCGCGCUCAUCUCCCUCACAUUCCCCUACCCUCCCCAGCAAUGCCUCUCUCCAUCGCACCUCCGCUCUUCCUAUCCCGACGACGCCUGGACGGAAUCGACUGGGCAAGCGACAGUCCGCCGUCGGGCUGAACUCGUCACCUGUGCGCGACCCUCAGCUGCGGCAUUCGCCCGGGCAUAAGAGCUCACCAAACCUUGCUGAAAUGGAACGGCUUUCGUCCCACGCGGUCGCGCGUGCCAAGCUUGAGGGUAACUCCGGCCAGAGGGCAGUGUCGGCGGCCGCCCCCAGCACUCCACAGAAUCAACGAGCGGCCAGCCCGAUCAGGCGGCGGACAGCGUCCAAGUCCUUCGGUUCCCCAGAGCUCUCGCACUCGCAGUCCACGGAGCAGCUCAAGUCAUCUAAGAAAGGCUUCAGCAACUUCUGGAAACGGCUGUCUGCUGGUGCGAACUCUCCCUCAAACUCUAAUUCCUCGCCCGACUUACGCAAACGGUCAUCGUUCUCGGCGGCCCUGUCGUCGCGGAAGACGACGGAAGCUCCGCCCGUGCCCCCGCUCCCCCCAAACAUGCGGACUCCCAGCUCAUCCUCAGCUGCGUGGUCCGUCUCAUCCUCUCAACAAUCAACGCCAUCGUCAGCCGCCACCUCUAAGCAGGGUGCAACCAAGCGAUUGUCGGCGAUGAUUCGGCGAUCGUCAAGCAACCUCGCUGCUCACGCAUCUGCCUCGCCAAAAGCGCCCCACAAGGAGAUCAGCUCUAUCAGCUCGCCUGUCGGACCGACGAUCCACACGCCAUACUCGGUCACUUUCGGUCCGGACAGCACUGUGUCUUUAACUCAGAUGCCGGCAUCGUCCAUGGCAAGCACUGGAUCGCCUCUUGCCAAGCAGCCGUCGCUGCAACAGCUGAAUGGACUGAAUGCGACAAUGUCUUCGUCUUCUGUCAACCUUAUCGGCGACGCUACGCCCCAGCCGCGCCUUCGCACGACCUCUACGGUCACCACCCAGUCUCAGAAUCAGCGGAAGCCGAGCCCCUUAAAGCACGUCGAGCCGAAGCCUGUCGAGUCGUCCGACGAGCUCCCUCGCACGUUCUCGCCUGGCUUCCAUUUACCGUCAACAACACCGAGCUCGCCGUAUCGCCAGCGCACGCUCGCCGGUUCAGUCACCUCGUUCCAGGCGCAGUCUCAGACUAGCCCGAGUCCGUUAGCGGUCGAGACCUUCCCUACGGAUAACAGCGACACCGAGACCGAGGAGAGUGUAGUGACUGGUCGCACAAAGAGCAAGGUUACUCCUAUCACGAUGCCCGUGCCUCGCGUCAGACAGUCGACCAGCGUCAGCAGUGGCUUACGGGAGAUGAAUGAGGCUGCUUCGACCGAAGCCCCUCGCCCCUCGAAUGUGUCCUCCAUGUCGCGGAAAUCGGUGCAGCAGAGGCUCUCAUCCGAUCCGUCCAGUACCGCUUCGCACGAGUCGGAAAAGUCUUCAACGCUGAAGCGCAUCACCUCCUUCUCCAAGAAACACGGUAGACGGCUGUCCGGUGGAUGGAAAUUCGGGCAGGGUUCCAACGACGAGAAGCACGGCCCCUCGCUGGAGACGGUCUCUGGAUCGCCGUCUAAGCCGGAAGCCAUGCUCGGGCACACGAACGGCAGUGCUGAGCCGCCGUCUCGUGGGAAGACCGCUUUCCCGUCCGACCCGCGACCCAGUAGCUCGGUUGCGAGGAAGAAGGCUGCCAGUCACGAGCCAGGCACCGGUGGUGCGGGACAGCUCAACACUGCCUUCUCCUUCGGCGGUGCGUCUAACUCUGAUGGAGCCGCAGACGCUACCCCGAAGCAGGCCAAGAGGCGGUCGCAGCAAGAUUUCGUCAUUCCGGACAAUGUGCUCGCAAAGCAGAAAGAGCUGAAACGCGGGAUCACGUCGGUCAAGAAGUUUGCUGGAGGUGUACAAUCCCUCAAGUCACUUGUUGAGUCUCACGAGCGCGUCUGCAACAGCGUGCUGCAGAACGGUACCGCGGACGACACGCGCCUUUUCGUGGACCUCGAGAACGAAUACGCCCAGUGGUGGGAAAUGGCCACAGUGCUCAUUGAGGUGGGCUCUACUGGCACGCAGCAAGAGGAAGAGGAGCCAGAGUCGGUCCGAUUGAGGCGCAUCACCUUGGCCGCCAACGACGCUCGAGCCGCCGGUGAGGCUUUACGGUCUUUGUCAGGUUCCAGCUCGGCUGCUCGGUCCGUGCUGCAGAAUUACCAACAGGAGGACGGCGACGUGUUCACCAUGAUCAAUGGACCGCCGCGCCAGAGGUUUGGGUCCGCAGGGCGGCACGACCUGUCCAAGCGCCAGCUCGAGGUACUCCGCACCAUGCUUCGAACACCCGUUGAGGCGAGCGAAUCUGUUGUUCCUUCUGUCGAUCACAGACAAGCCGAGACGAUCUGGGGCAUGACGGCUAGCCGACGUCACGCUCACCAAUCGAUGCCUCCCAUGCCGACAAACCACCACACGCAGCCCCGUCACAACGCUGCGGCCUUACUGGACACUGCGACCGGACAAAAGCGGCCUUCCUUCGCUGAUCCCCCUGCGGUCAACGCCCAGCCUCAAGCUGCCUCGACAAUAGGUCGACCGCAACCCCGCAGCCGAUCUGGGCUUGCCGGACUGCGCGACUUCCUCCGUGGUCUGAAGGGCGGAAACAAGGCCUCGCAACCGCCAGCCACUGCAGAUGCUGGUCGCGCUGGCCGCCGUGGGUCACGGCCCCCUCCCUUAAACCUUGCCGCCGCAGACGCGUACCCCCAGUCUCCUCCGACGUCACCGACUAUCACCACGGGCACGAGCGAGUCUUUCGGGACACGCACAGGCACAAGUCGAAGUAGUAUGCGGCUUAGCAACGGAUCCCCAUCGAAGGACAAGCGGCGUCGCCCCAGCCUCAGAGGCAUUUUCCGUGGAGGCUCUGGCAACUGGUCUGAGCUCGUCAAGUCGCCCACAAGCGGUGCUCCAUUGACCCCUGUGCAGGAGCCGCCGAGCUCGCACACCUCGUCGCAGACUGGAUUAUCGCGGCCGCCAUCGAUUCCGGCACUGGCGCGCUUGAAGACAGGAAGAGCAGGCGAGUAUGGGCAACUCGGCGUCGAGUCUCCCCCAGCCUCUCCUGUGCGCACCAGCUCUGACCCUCGUGUGCCUCGCACGCCUCCGCCCAAUGGCAGUGUUGCGUCGGUUGACGAUGCGACGCUGCGUCUGCGCUCCCGAGUACUGGGCUUGGGUCACCCGUCUGAGGCUUCUCCCGGACGCACUGCCAGUUCGCCGGUCAACCGCCCUGCGACGAACGGGCUUGCGCCCGCAGAGGACAAGACGCCCCGCUCCCGCUCGGACACUGGGCCUGGACGUGACGAAACCGUGAUUGCCUUGACGCCCGAGAACUUGCCCGUGCUCCUGGACUAUGUCCGCCAGUGCGAGCGCAAGCUCGAGGAGUGGAAGGGCCGCGCGCACGGUCUGGAGGAUCUGAAGCCUCUGCCGCCCCAGCGACCUGGAUCUAUCAGCUCUGUGCGGCCCGCGUCGUUCAAGUCGCCCAGCGUCAAAUCAGCUGCGACCACGGUGCGACCUGGAUCGAUGAAACCCCCGUCGACAAAGGCACCGUCGAUCACUGGAGCCAGAUCUCCAUCCCUACCGCCGUUACGCUCUCCGCCUCUGAGUGCGUCUGCGCGGAUGUCCACCUCGGCCUCGAUGGAGACACAGGCGCACACGCAGAAGCUCUGGGCCGCGGCGCAGGCUCCGGCUCCCAAGAAGCCUGAUUGGGGAGUGGUAUAG